AUGCAGCGGCCCGGGGAACAGGGCGCCGUGCGCUUCGGUCCGCCCGAGGGCUGUGCUGAUCAUCGGUCGCACCGCUACCGCAGCUUCAUGAUCGAAGAGAUCCUCACCGAGCCGCCCGGGCCCAAAGGCGCAGCGCCUGCGGCUGCAGCAGCUGCCGCGGGCGAGCUGCUAAAGUUUGGCGUGCAGGCGCUCCUGGCCGCGCGGCCCUUUCACAGCCACUUGGCAGUGCUGAAGGCUGAGCAGGCCGCUGUGUUCAAGUUCCCACUGGCGCCGCUCGGCUGUUCCGGGCUGGGCUCGGCGUUGCUUGCCGCGGGGCCUGGGAUGCCCGGCACCGCAGGCGCAUCGCACCUGCCGCUGGAACUGCAACUCCGCGGGAAGCUGGAAGGAACCGGCUCUGGGGAACCAGGCACGAAAGCCAAGAAAGGACGCCGGAGCCGCACAGUGUUCACGGAGCUGCAGCUGAUGGGCCUGGAGAAACGCUUCGAGAAGCAGAAGUACCUCUCCACCCCUGACAGAAUAGAUCUAGCUGAAUCUCUGGGCCUGAGCCAAUUGCAGGUGAAGACAUGGUAUCAAAAUCGGAGGAUGAAGUGGAAGAAAAUAGUGCUGCAGGGUGGCGGCCUGGAGUCUCCUACCAAACCCAAGGGGCGGCCCAAGAAGAACUCCAUCCCCACGAGCGAGCAGCUCUCGGAGCAGGAGCGUGCCAAGGAGGCCGAGAAGCCAGCGGAAUUGCCGAGCGAGCCCAGCGACCGGAAUUGCGAGGACUGA